AUGAGGCGACGACGGAGGCGGGACGGCUUUUACCCAGCGCCUGACUUCCGAGACAGGGAAGCUGAGGACAUGGCAGGAGUGUUUGACAUAGACCUGGACCAGCCAGAGGACGCAGAGUCUAUCCAUGAUGGAACAGUCACACACACAUUUUGUGGAACAAUAGAAUACAUGGCCCCUGAAAUCUUGAUGAGAAGUGGCCACAAUCGUGCUGUGGAUUGGUGGAGUUUGGGAGCAUUGUUGUAUGACAUGCUGACUGGAGCACCUCCAUUCACUGGAGAGAAUAGAAAGAAAACAAUUGACAAAAUCCUCAAAUGUAAACUUAAUUUGCCUCCCUACCUCACACAAGAAGCUCGAGAUCUGCUUAAAAAGCUGCUGAAAAGAAACGCUGCUUCUCGUCUUGGAGCUGGUCCUGGGGAUGCUGGAGAAGUCCAAGCUCAUCCAUUUUUCAGACGCAUUAACUGGGAAGAACUUCUAGCUCGGAAGGUGGAGCCUCCCUUUAAGCCUCUAUUGCAAUCUGAAGAGGAUGUGAGUCAGUUUGAUUCAAAGUUUACACGUCAGACACCUGUUGACAGCCCGGAUGACUCAACUCUCAGUGAAAGUGCCAACCAGGUCUUUCUGGGUUUUACAUAUGUGGCUCCAUCUGUACUUGAAAGUGUGAAAGAAAAGUUUUCCUUUGAACCAAAAAUCCGAUCACCUCGAAGAUUUAUUGGUAGCCCACUAAUGCCUGUCAGCCCAGUCAAAUUCUCUCCUGGGGAUUUCUGGGGACGAGGUGCCUCAGCCAGCACGGCAAACUCUCAGACACCUGUGGAGUACCCGAUGGAAACAAGUGGGAUAGAGCAGAUGGAUGUGACAAUGAGCGGGGAGGCAUCAGCACCACUUCCAAUCCGACAGCCCAACUCUGGGCCAUACAAAAAACAAGCUUUUCCUAUGAUCUCCAAACGGCCAGAGCACCUGCGUAUGAAUCUAUGACGAAACAAUGCUUUUAUUGAUGCAAAAAGAAAACAAAAAUCAGGGGAGGGAUGUGUGAACAUCCUGCAAGAUAAAAUGAGAAUCAAAAUGGCAGACUUAAAAAGUCAGCACAGUAACCUAGAUUGCUUUGGAUGGAGGAAAAAAUAAACAUGGAUUUUAAAAAAUCAAUCAAUGGUGCAAAAAAAUAGACCCACAAAAAAAAAACA